ACGAGGUUUUCAAGAUGGCGGCUGGUAAGGUGGAUUCCGAUGGAAGGAAGUCCAACAGAUCUGAAUCACAAAAUGAGCACGAUCCCGAUCAAUAUGAAGAAGAAGAACCCGAUUUUAGCGACCCCGACGGUUUUGUGGAUGAUGUUGAUGACGAAGAAUUAUUACCAGACUUGUUGAGAAGCAAACCGAAAGAAUCUGAUGGAAUUGACUCAGUAGUGAUUGUAGACAAUGUACCUCAAGUUGGUCCUGAACGACUCGAAAAACUUAAAAAUGUUGUGUCAAAAAUCUUCAGUAAAUUUGGCAAGAUUAAAAGUGAUUUUUAUCCAGUUGAUGAAAACAAUGUCUCAAAAGGAUAUUGUUUUGUGGAGUUCACUUCUCCUGUACAUGCUCAAGAAGCUAUGAAAACUGCUGAUGGUUAUAAAUUAGAUAAACAACAUACAUUUGCUGUCAACCUUUUCUCUGAUUUUGAAAAAUAUUCGGCAGUGCCUGAUGAAAUAGACCCUCCUGAGCCCAGGCCAUACAAAGAUCCUGGUAAUUUGUUAUACUGGCUACAGAAUAAAGAAUGUGUAGAUAUGUAUAGUUGUAUAUUUGAGGGAGGUGAAAAGACUGCUAUAUAUUCAAAUACUACAGAACCUACUGUGGUACAGGAAAGAGCGAGAUGGACUGAAACAUAUGUAAGAUGGUCCCCUAAUGGUACCUACCUAGCUACCCUACAUGCCAAGGGUAUAGCGUUAUGGGGUGGUCCAGAAUUCAGUCAGAUUAUGAGGUUUAGUCAUCCUGGUGUACAGCUCAUAGAUUUCUCUCCUUGUGAAAGGUAUCUGGUAACAUUUAGUCCCGUACAGGAACCCAGAGAUGAAGGUGAUGCUAUUAUCAUCUGGGAUAUUAGAACCGGGUUAAAGAAACGUGGCUUUAUGUGUGAGAACCAAUCAACUUGGCCAAUAUUCAAAUGGAAUGUAGAUGGUAAAUAUUUUGCUAGAAUGGGUACAGAUCAAAUCAGUGUUUAUGAAACGCCAUCAUUUGGUUUGUUAGAGAAAAAGAGUAUCAAGAUACAGGGAGUAAGAGACUUCACUUGGUCCCCAACUGAUAAUAUGAUAGCAUACUGGACGUCAGAGCAUAAAAAUAGUCCUGCUCGUGUAGUCUUAAUAGAGAUACCCAGUCGGAAGGAAUUGUGUGUGAGAAAUCUUUUUAACGUAGCUGAUUGUAAGAUGCACUGGCAGAAGGCUGGUGAUUACCUCUGUGUUAAAGUUGAUCGUUAUUUUAAAGCCAAAAAAACUGAAGAAACAGAUCAGAUUAAAUAUAGUGGUAUACAUUAUAAUUUUGAAUUGUUCAGAGUAAGAGAGAAGUUGAUUCCUGUAGAUAAAGUGGAGACCAAAGAUCAGGUCAUGGCAUUUGCCUGGGAACCAAAUGGUUCAAGAUUUGCCUUCAUCCACUCUGAUUCUCCUAAAAUUAAUGUCACUGUUUAUAAAAUGAAGCCUGAUGGAAAAGUUGACUUACUCAAAACACUGGAGAAGAGAGUAGCAAAUCAUUUAUUCUGGAGUCCAACUGGACAAUUUCUUGUACUAGCUGGAUUGAGAAGUAUGAAUGGUGUACUAGAGUUUAUAGAUACUACUGAUAUGACAACCAUGAACCAAACAGAACAUUUUAUGGCUACUGAUGUAGAAUGGGAUCCAACAGGAAGAUAUGUUGUCUCAGCUGUCAGCUGGUGGGGUCAUAAGGUGGACAAUGCUUACUGGAUUUGGAGUUUCCAAGGUAAUUUAUUAACCAAACAACCAUUAGAAAGAUUCUGUCAGUUGCUAUGGAGACCUAGACCACCAACAUUAUUAUCAGAGAAAAAAUUAAAGGAAAUCAAGAAGAAUGUAAAGAAAUAUUCUCAACAGUUUGAUUCUGAAGAUAGUCAGAAGAGGAAGACUGCAUCCAAGGAACUGUUGGAGAAACGGCAACAAUUAUUGACAGAAUUCGAGGAUUAUAGACAACAGAAACUAGAGGAAUAUAACAGAACACGAGAUAUUCGUAUUGAAAUGAGAGAUGGUGUUGAUACAGAUGAUAUAGACAGCCAUGAGGAGAACUUUGAAGAAGAAACCAUUGAAUUCCUGCUUAAAGUUGAAGAAAUAAUCGUCGAGGAGUAGAAGGUCCUGAAAUUACGCGUUAUUGUGUGGCAGCCAUCUUGAAAACUUAUAUCUUGAGUAUUGCGAUCAUAAUAAUCUCGAGGAAACUGUUGAAGCCUUUUGACAGCUUUCCUCCAUUUUGAACUUUUUGCGUGUUCCGAGUGAACAGGAUUCUGGUUAAGGGAUUUUUUUUGAAAAUUUGAAAUUGUAAUCAAAAGAGGUUUAAUUGGUUGGUUGAAAUCACCAUGGAAAUAUUGUCAAUAUUGGUUUGUAUAAUUUUUUUUCGCGGUCGAAUUAUGAAGAUGCUUAAAUUUAAUUCUAUAUAUAUCUCACUAAGUGUAAUGUUUGGCUAUUUCAUGUGGUAUUAUCCUGUACCUUAUCGGUUAUAUCUUGUAUUAAUAGUUAGUUUAUAUUAUAAUCACUAUACCUUCUCUUUAAUUAAACUUUUAAUCAAAUCAAU